CCACGGGAUGCUGGUCACCUGUAGCAACACCCUUCCCAAUCCCGCAGGGGACUCCGCAGAGGGGCGCAGGAGACCAGGCCAGGUCCGCUGGGGUGUCUGUUGCACCAGGGUCCCCAACCCGCUGGAAGAUGGGCCAGCAUGCCCUGUUCCCAUUCCAGCUCCAACCAAUCCAGAUCUGUGCAGUGGCCACCUCCCCUCCUUUCACCCCUCCUGUCCUCACAACAGCCCAGUGGGGUGGGAAAAACUGAGACUCAGAGAGACGAAAUAAUGAUGCAAUGAAUGGUGGACACGUGUGGAGCCCUGUGCCUGGCCCUCUGGUAAGCACUUUACACCAUUCACGCAUUCAGGCCUCACCAGACUAAGUCCCAGAGAAGAUGCACCUGUUCGAGGUCACACAGCCAGGGAGUGCCAGAGCCUGGAUUUGAACCCGUGUCACUCUGACUCCAAGCCCUGACUCCGAUGAACUUCUUCGCGCAUCCUUUUGCUCUACCCUUUGUACUGCUUGUUCCCGACCCUGGGACAGCAGGACCCUCUAACGAGGAGCCAGUGAGGUCCGCUGUGUCUCCUGAGAGCGCCACGACCGCAGCCCCCAAGGGCCUGUUCCAGGAGGUUAUGCAGAAAUACAACCGCAGCAAGUCCUUCCAGCUGGCGCCCGUGGAUCCUGUGCUAAAGGCCAUCAAGGAAGGCGAUGAAGAGGCCUUGAAGGCGAUGAUCAAGGCGGGGAAGAACCUCGCAGAGCCCAACAAGGAGGGCUGGCUGCCGCUGCACGAGGCGGCCUACUACGGCCAGCUGAGCUGCCUGAAGACAUUGCACCAAGCAUACCCGGCAAUCAUUGACCAGCGCACCCUGCAGGAGGAAACGGCCCUUUACCUGGCGACAUGCAGGGGACACCUGGACUGCCUCCAAUCCCUGCUCCAGGCUGGGGCUGAGCCCGACAUCUCCAACAAGGCCCGAGAGACACCACUCUACAAAGCCUGUGAGCGCAAGAACGUGGAGGCAGUGAGGAUUCUGGUGCAGUACAACGCAGACACGAACCACCGCUGUAACCGAGGCUGGACGGCUCUGCACGAGUCUGUUGCUCGCAAUGACCUGGAGGUCAUGGAGAUCCUGGUGAGCAGAGGUGCUAAGGUGGAAGCCAAGAAUGCCUAUGGCAUCACCCCCUUGUUCGUGGCCGCCCAGAGUGGGCAGCUGGACGCACUGAGGUUCCUGACCAAACACGGUGCUGAGAUCAACACACAGGCCAGCGACCACGCAUCUGCCCUCUACGAGGCCUGCAAGAACGAGCACGAGAAGGUGGUGGAGUUCCUGCUGUCGCAGGGUGCCGACGCCAACAAGGCCAACAAGGAUGGCAUACUCCCGCUGCACAUCGCUUCCAAGAAGGGCAACUACAGGAUCGUGCAGAUGUUGCUGCCGGUGACCAGCCGCACGCGCGUGCGCCGUAGCGGCAUCAGCCCGCUGCACCUGGCCGCCGAGCGCAACAACGACGAGGUGCUCGAGGCUCUGCUGAGCGCGCGCUUCGACGUGAACGCGCCCCUGGCGCCCGAGCGCGCGCGCCUCUACGAGGACCGGCGCAGCUCGGCGCUGUACUUCGCGGUGGUCAACAACAACGUGUACGCCACCGAGCUGCUGCUGCUCGCCGGCGCCGACCCCAACCGCGACGUCAUCAACCCCCUGCUGGUGGCCAUCCGCCACGGCUGCCUGCGCACCAUGCAGCUGCUGCUGGACCACGGCGCCAACAUCGACGCCUACAUCGCCACGCACCCCACCGCCUUCCCCGCCACCAUCAUGUUCUCCAUGAAGUGCCUGUCGCUGCUCAAGUUCCUCAUGGACCUCGGCUGCAACGGCGAGCCCUGCUUCUCGUGCCUGUACGGCAACGGCCCGCACCCGCCCGCCCCGUCGUCCUCCAACAGGUUCAACAACGCGCCCGGCUCGAACAAGGCGCCAGGCGUCGUCCAGUUCUGCGAGAUCCUGUCUGCCCCGGAGGUGAGCCGCUGGGCAGGGCCCAUCAUCGACGUCCUCCUGGACUACGUGGGCAACGUGCAGCUCUGCUCCCGGCUGAAGGAGCACAUUGACAGCUUCGAGGACUGGGCUGUCAUCAAGGAGAAAGCAGAACCUCCAAGACCCCUGGCUCACCUUUGCCGGCUGCAAGUUCGAAAAGCCAUUGGGAAAUACCGUAUAAAACUCUUGGACACGUUGCCACUCCCAGGCAGGCUGAUUAGAUACCUGAAAUAUGAGAACACCCAGUAACCGGGGCACGUGGAGAAGGAGUGGUUCCUCAGACUGUUUCACUGAGUGUCAGGACAGCAAUGGCCCCAAAUCCAAGAGCACCUGGUGACAGAUGAGGCUGUGGGCUGCCUCCGUCUCAGCUGGGGUAGCGCCGUGAUCUCACCGGCCUCCGGGCCAGAGCUUUGCGCAGAGCAGAGGACAGAAUGUGUCACGUAGGAGAAGAACCAUGUUUGUUUUCAAAUGGACAAGGAGAUCCCCGACCUUCUCUGCCAUCAGGGAUGGCAGAAGGCUCCAUUCCUGGGGCCAGGAGAUGGGACCAGGGCAGGACUUGGGGUGGUCUGGGGAAGGCAGGUGCCAGCAGGGAAGCCCUGGCGCCACCUCUGGGCUGUGGCUGGAGAGCUUUUGGGGGUGAGUCUGUCUUUCCCAGACAGCCUUGCUGCAGAGUGUCCCUGUGCCCCUCCCCCUUUGCUCUGGGAAACUCUCCACUUGACUCUGAGCUCUCUCCCCAAAGGUGUGGCCCAGGGGAGUGGGGUGGGGAGACCUCGGUCCCAGAGGGCUUCCUUAGGUACAAUAAAUGUUGCACAGAUGGUGCCCUGCCCGGUGAAGUCCCUUUCGCCAGACCCCUCCGGGGCCUCAGGUCCUUAGCCCAGCUCCUGGCAGGAGUGGGGGAGGAGCAGGUGCUGGGACAGGGCACAUGGACCCCUGAUAGUGUCACUUUGGUUUGGGCUUCCGAAAGGCCCAAGAGAAUGUGUCCUUCAUUCACCAGAAGAGACCUGACAGCCCCAGGAGAGGGGACAGCUUCCUGCCCUGUGGUUGGAGUAGCCAAGGUUGGCUUUUCUCUCCCGGUUCAGUUGUCAUGGAAACUGGAGCUUCAUCACAAACAGGGUCUCAGAUCCUACAAGCCUCCUGACACCUGGGCUUGUCCUAUACACGUGUCCCCUGGCGCUGUCUUCACGUCUUACCCGUUUUGCUACAAAAGCUGAGAUACUGGGAAAAAACAUUCAAAUACCGGCUCCUGUGAGCAAAUGCCGGAGGGAUGGACAUCAUCAGCCCUUGCAAAGGCACCACGCUUGAGAGACGGGAAGCCUCGUGCCCCCCAUUGCAUCCUUCCGUCCUCACGUGGGUGCGGGAGGAGUCCGGCAGGAGCUGCGAGCCCAUUUGGGGUGGUGCAGGUGAGAGAGCUGAGGUCGGGCACAGCUCUAGUGCUUUCUCGCCGUCUGAGUCCCGCUCGGCUCGCCGAGAUUGCCUUGUUUCCAUGGAAGUCCCAGUGACUCAUAGGCACUGCCUUCCUUCACUGGUUAAAGCCACUCAGGUGACACCAGAGCAGGUGACCUUCCUCAGAGUCUGCUCCGGCCCCGCCGCAGGAGAGGCUUCAGCGAGGUCAGAUGGAGUUUCUGGCUUUUGGCAAACAAGCAGCUGGGCAGGUUCUGGGAUCACUGGUCCCAGGCUGGCUCUGCUGUCGGCUCACUCCUCUGGGGCCUCAGGUUGCCAUCCUUGUGGCCCCUGGUGGCCUUGCUGGCUCUGACACGCUGGCUUGCCAUGGAACCAGUAAGUCCCAGUGUCUUCCUGAAGAGGAUGAGUCUGACAAAUGACACCUCCCAGCCAGGGGUCAGAGGGGACCAGGCCACAUCUUGCCCACUCCCUCCUGGUACAGGAGGGAAAACAGGCCCAGAGAGGGGAAGGGACUUGCCUGGGUACACACAGCAAAGCCCCGGGAUUCCAGCCCAGUAGUGCUUGGCUAGAGUCCCAUGCUGUCUUGCUUCAGAGAUCCUGCGUCCUCCCAGACUGGGGAUGUUCAACCCCAGGGUCCCAGGGGAAGGGGCCAAGGCGGGCUCAGUGCAUAGCCAGAGGAAAGCCCUGACUGAAGAAUGCCUUUGCUGACCUGGGAGCCAGAGGGGGUGGCAGUCAAUGAUGGGACAGAGCAGAAAGAUGUUGUUUGGGGGCAUUUGGGGUGGGGCUGGGUACCAGGCAAAACUCUUAAACCUACAGCACUUCUCAGGUCGCCUUAUGUCCUAGAGGGUCCUAACAGGCAGCGGCCACAGGCAUUGGGCAGGAUGGGGACGCUGGUCUGAGGGAGGUCUCCCCUGGAGGAGGUGAGUCUUGAGGAGGUGGUGGGAGAUGUGGGAAGGGAGAGCUCAGCCCCUGGAUUCAGCGUCAGCACCGUUAUUUGCAGGAUGUGGGGCCCGGCUUGGGAGGCACAGGAGUCACCUUGGGUUCUUAGAAUAUUGAUGUACGUCCAUACCAGUCAGUCUCAGCCACUGGUCAGAGCCCCUCCACUCCAGUGCCUUGCCCAGCCCCGCACCUCCGAAUCACUCAGCAGCUAAAGCGUAAAUGCCCUGCUUCCCCCUGGGGGGUCGGUUCUGAGUGGUCAGUGCUCACACUGUGCCAGCGGUUCCGUGUUUUGACCAUCUCUGCUGUCAAGAGGACUGGACGGACACCACUCCUGCGCCUACCCAGCCCCUGGGAAGACUUCAGCCACAGAGGUGUCUGGACAGCAUCACCAAACAGUAAACGUCCUGAAAGUGUCUUCAUUUCGUGAGCAGGGGCACAUUUGACCCAGUGCUGGAGAUCUGAGCCUGUGAGCGGGAGAUGAGUUCCUGGGUUUCAUGUUGAGACACCACCAUUCACUUCUUGGUUAGGGAAGCAGCUGCUCCUGCUACUGCGGCUGUCUUUUGUUUCUUUGUUUUUAAUACUGAAGUUCUCCAAGUUGUGUUUUUCCCCAACUUGCUUCGACGUGGAAAAUCACGGUGUCGGGUGCUUCUGUUGAGUGGCACCUUAGUAAAGGUUUCUGCUU